AUGCGAAAUGAUUUGGCACAAUGGGUCAGUGAGGCGUGGAUUGCAGACUGGAGAGUCGUCGAGAGCGUCCUCGAUAUGGCAGAAGAGAAGCUAGAUAUUCUUCUCGCAAAAGGUAGGACUGAUGUCGCUGAGCAGGUUGAGGAACAUCUUGGAGCAGGAGAGCUUCGCGAUGGUGUAGAAGGAGUUUGCUGGCUGCCUUGAAUGUCUUGACUUUGUUGUUGGAAUUGCUGAGCACUCAAGCGUUGUGGAGGAGGAGCGAUACGACGUAGGGAUGCUGUAGUUGGCUGCAUAAAACGUGGAAUACGUCGAUCUUCUGUCACCUCAACUUCAUUGCUAGUUCGCUUUUUGAAGCGAAUUGAGCGUUCUCAACACGAUAGACAGGUUUUCACAGUACGACCACCACUUUUCGAUAGAAAAUGAUCGACUGGCAGAGUUUUAUGGCAUGACGUACAUUGACGCGUCACGUCGGCCAUUGUGAAGGGAUUAAACCCAGUCAAGGGGGACGUUUUGAGAGACCAAUCGAAGGAGAGAAUGUAAAAGAAAUCUUUUGAAGAUAUGUAGGGUUGAAUGUCAGUUGGGAGAAGGGGAGAAGGAGCAGUAAAAUCAAGGAGGAUAGAAGAGUUGAAAGAUAUGGGAAGG